AAGGAUACUCCAUCGUACCGGUUCCUAGGCCUACUUGCGUGAUGUACUGGAUUUUUAAAAAAUUAGCCGAUCAAACUGUCAAUUUGGCUAGACGAACUGUCACAUUCUGGCGCCAAAGUUGAUCAACAGUUUCCAAUCAAACAGAACCAAACCGGCGAUAAUCUCAAAAGUAUAAAAUUUUAGAAUUGUAAAACGUGUAGCAAGAUGCGUCGUAGUUGUGCGCCUUCCAUGAAGCGGCCACAGGCGACCGAAGACAGUGCAUGUGCCGUAAAGCGGCCUUUGAUGUCUUCUUCUGGGGCGGCCUCUAACAGCAAACAAACGGGGAUAUACUCAUCGUCAUCGAAAGAGAAUGUUGGUGCCCUCAAAGAUACCGCAAUCUUUAAGGUCGUGUGGGGUAAGAUAAGCACAAGGAAACACAAAACGUGGGAAGGUGAUGGGACGCUGGAGGUUUCAAGCCGCAGCGCGCUAUUGCGAGAUGAAACCGGUAAAGUGAUCAGUACUGCGAGCGGUCUCAAACUCGAGGAAGUAACCGAGGGCAUUCAAAUGAUCGUUGGAUCGAAAGAAGUCGAGGUUUUGGAGCGAAUAACCGAAUCAAUCGAGCCAGUUAGCAAUUGUUCCAAAAAUGUGGCUUCCGCGAACAAAAUACCUCGAAUCUUGAAACCACCAUCAACGAGUUUCAAGGCUCCAGAACAGAGGAAAACAGCACCGGAUCAACUGCAACCGGAUAUUUCGUCGUCUGAUAGUCUUACUGCGAAAGAUUCGUUCACGAAAGUAGACACAACGCCAUCCGUGCCCGUAAAUCGACAAUUCAAACCGAUCGCAACGUACAAAGCCCCGGAUGAGGGGUCCAACAAUGAUCAGGCCGAAGUGGUAGAACCACUGUUCAUGAAGAAACCUUCCUUCGAGCACCGUUUUCACCAUAAUCCCAACAAUGAGCUAACGGUGGCCGAUGUACAAGUGCCCGCUUGUCUCGCCAGACACCUGAGACCACACCAGCGAGAUGGGGUGGCAUUUCUUUACGAGUGUGUCACCGGAAUGCGGAUGAUGGAACCCCCGGGCGGCUACUAUGGUGCCAUACUGGCCGAUGAGAUGGGCCUGGGGAAAACGUUGCAAUGCAUCUCACUCAUGUAUACCCUGCUGAAAACGGGACCGUACGGGAAACCUCUGGCACGUCGCAUACUGAUCGUAACUCCGAGCAGUCUGGUGGAGAAUUGGGAUCGCGAAAUUACGAAAUGGCUACGGAACGAGCGGCUGUUCACGUUUAUCGUGGGGCCGCACAACAAGCUAAGACUGUAUGCACAAUCCUUGCACAUCCCCGUAUUGAUCAUCUCCUACGAGAUGCUGGCGAAACAGAUCGAUGAGCUCGAAACAGUCAAGUUCGAUCUGAUCUUUUGUGAUGAAGGCCAUCGGUUAAAGAACAGCAACGUGAAGGUGUUCGGCGUGCUUAGCAAGCUGGAGUGUCGCCGACGUGUGCUCAUUACCGGUACACCGAUACAGAACGAUCUGGCGGAAUUUUACUCCCUUAUUAACUUCGUUAAUCCCGGUUUGCUGGGAUCGUAUCAGGAUUUUAAGGCACGAUAUGAAACGCCAAUCAUCAUCUCACAGCGACCCGGUGUACUGCCGCAAUCGAUCGAGCUCGGAAUCGAACGAUUGAAUGAAUUGAAUGGUAUCACUGGCCGGUUCGUGUUGCGUCGGACGCAAGAGGUGAUCAACCGGUAUCUGCCGGAGAAACACGAGCUAGUCAUCUUUUGCCAUCCUUCCGAGCUGCAGACCCAGCUGCUACGUACAGCUCUGACGUUCUAUGAAGAAGAGCGAAGCGGAUCGAACGCAAUUACACCGUUGCAAUUGAUCACGAUUCUAAAGAAGAUCUGUAAUCAUCCCUCCUUGGUGAAAGUGACGGGCCGUGGUGAUCCUGAAUCGCUGUUACAUCGGCUAGCCGACCAAUUGCCCGACUGGCAAGCGAUGGGCCCUAGCGAUUCGGCGAAACUGGCCAUCGUUGAUACGCUACUCGAAGAUUUAAUAGUGAAACAGGAGAAGGUGGUGAUCGUCUCGUACUACAAUAAAACGCUCGAUAUGAUCGCUGGUUUGUGCGAGCAUUACAACUACAAACACUCGCGAUUAGACGGUUCGACGGUGGCCUCGGAUAGGAGCAAAAUUGUGGCCACAUUCAACAAUGCUGCUUCGGAUAUCUUUAUCCUGCUGCUCAGUGCAAAAGCGGGCGGUGCAGGUCUCAAUCUCAUCGGUGCCUCGCGCCUCGUGCUCUACGAUAAUGACUGGAAUCCGGCCAACGAUCUGCAAGCUAUGUCACGUGUCUGGCGUGAUGGACAGACCCGGACCGUAUUUAUCUACCGCUUGCUAACCGCUUUCUCGAUCGAGGAGCGCAUCUUCCAGAGGCAAAUUUCGAAGACCUCUCUCAGUGGAACCGUUGUCGAUCAGAAGCGCAACAUGAACAAUCUGCAGUUCUCGGACGAAGAGCUCAAGGAUCUGUUCUCAUUCGUCGAUCCACAGCAUGCGAACGACUGUCUGACGCACAGUUUGCUCGAGUGUCCGUGCGCCGGAAUCGGUACCAUCCCGGAGCCGGAAGUGGCAGACGAUGAACCGUCGGAUGAGUUGGAUCGAUUGCUGCGAGACCCACCGAUUGCACUUCCUUCCGAGACCGAAAGUCGAUACCGCGUACGCCACGGUGUACCCGAUGGCCGUUCGAAAACAAAAUACGCUCUUAAGAUGCAGGAAUUGAUGCGCUGGGAGCAUCACCGGUCACCGGUGUCGGAGAGUGUAAUGGAGCAACUGGGUUUAUCGGGAUGCUCCGAGGAGGUGGUGUUUUUGUUCCGAAAUAUUGUGUCCGAUGGCAAAUAAACCACAGAUGGGCUCAACACCGAAGAGA